AUGCUAUUGUCAACACAAAACCAAAGUCUCGGUUUGUUUGCUGCUCAGAGCUUGUCAGCUAACAGUUUGGCCUAUCAACCGGGUGAUAAACCAGGGACCGUCGACCAACAAAACCACACCAAUGGUACCGUCCCAGAACAAUGGCCCCUUGAGAAUUACUACUGUCUUGGGGUUUUUCUUGGCUUGAUUGGCGUUCUGGCGUUCACUGGAAACAGUUUUAUUCUCUAUCUUUUUGCCAAGACUAAAGAGCUGCAGACGCCUAUCAACGUGUUUGUGAUGUCACUAACGAUCAGUGAUUUGGCCAUCUCCGUGGUCGGGAACCCGUUUGCGUCGUCGUCCAGUUUUGCGUCGCGGUGGUUGUAUGGAGAAAUCGGAUGCACUUGGAUAAUGCUGUCAUCAGCACAAAACCAAAGUUUUGGCUGGAUUGCCGCCCAGAAUUCGUCAGGUGUCACUUUGGCCUAUCAACCGGGUGAUAAACCAGGGACCCUCGACCAACAAAACCACACCAAUGGUACCGGUCCAGAACAGUGGCCCCUUGAGAAUUACUACUCUCUUGGGUUUUUCAUUGGCCUCAUCGGCGUUCUGGCGUUCAUUGGAAACAGUUUGAUUCUCUAUCUUUUUGCCAAGACGAAAGAGCUGCGUACGCCGACUAACAUAUUCGUGAUUUCUCUAACGAUCAGUGACUUGGCUAUUUCUGUUGUCGGGAAUCCGUUUGCGUCGUCGUCCAGUUUUGUGUCGCGGUGGUUGUUUGGAGAAAGCGGGUGCAUUUGGUACGGCUUUGCAAACAACUUCUUUGGAUUGGUGUCGAUCACUAAUCUUUCUUGCAUCGCCAUUGACAGAUAUAUUGUUAUAUGUAGACCAACAUCAGGCAUGCGCUUGGAUAUUCGAAAAGCCAUCCAGAUCGCCGCCGGGGCAUGGCUCUACGCUCUUCUGUGGGCGCUGCCCCCCGUGUUUGGGUGGUCCUCCUACACAACAGAGGGGCCUGGGACCUGGUGCAGCGUCCUCUGGCAAUCCAGCGACCCCAUUGACGUCUCAUACAUCAUCACCCUGUUUGUAUUCUGUUUCUUCAUUCCUGUGGUCAUUAUGGCGGUCUGCUAUUAUCAUUUGUACCGGGAGGUGAGACGCAUGGCCAGACAGACGUCUAUUGAGCAGGAUUCUUCUGCUGGUAGAGAGAACAUACGUAGGGAGAAGAAAGUGGCCAAAAUGACUAUCGUAGUUUGGGCAGCGUUUCUGAUCGCCUGGACGCCAUACGCCACCGUUGCCUUAAUAUCAACAUUUGGCGACGCCAGCAGUAUCAGCUACAUGGCAGCUGCUUUACCGUCGGUGAUGGCUAAAUCCGCCACAGUGUAUAAUCCGUUUAUCUACGUUGCGAUGAACGAGCGGUUUCGUCGAGCAGCAGUGAACCAAGUCCCAUGUCUCAAACUGUUAAUAAAGAUCGACGAAGACGAGGGUGUGGCAGAGCAAUCGGACAACACUACUGUGACGCAUGCCGCCCCCGUUGUCCAGUUUAAUUCUUCAAAGAGGUCACCUCCCAUCCAGGCCAUAGCGUCUCCGUACAGGGUAGACACAGCGUCGAGUUUAAAAACAGAAACAGAAACAAAAGCUUCAACACACGGAACGGCACAGGUUACAAAUAUUGACGUCAUGGAAAUACCAUAUGACCACACGCGUGCUUCUACGUCACGCGCACAUCCACUUUGA